AUGGCCAACACGACCCUCAAGCUCACGAAUCGCUCUCCGAAGCAGCCCAUCAAGCUUCUUCCCGCAACCAUCGACUUGCCUGCCGAUGCUACUGUGGACCACCUCAAGGAUCUGAUCGCCAGAGAAGCCAAGAUUCCCGACUUCAAUCGCAUUGGCAUCUACGAUCCCGCCACUAAGAAGACCUUGAAGAACCGCAAGGCUCGCCUGGCCGACGAGCCCAAUGUGUCUGCCACCAACGAAGUUCUGGUCAAGGAUCUCGGCCCCCAGAUAGGUUGGAGAACCGUCUUUGUCAUCGAAUACUUUGGCCCAAUUCUGUUUCAUGCCCUCAUCGUUGCCGCCAGACCCUACAUCUACAAGAAUGGUGAUGGCGACAUGUCAUCAACCCAGUGGCUCGCCUUUGGCAUGAUCGUCGCCCAUUUCGUCAAACGCGAGGUCGAGACGCUCUUUGUCCACAAAUUUUCCGCCAACACGAUGCCUGUCUUCAACGUCUUCAAGAACAGUUUCUUCUACUGGACGCUGUCAGGCCUUGUUUGCGCCGCGUCCAUCUACAGCCCCAACUCGCUUGCCGCUCGUGCCGAUAUGCCUGCUGUCGACCUCGUUGGGCUCGCGCUUUACCUCUUUGGCGAGACUGGCAACGCCCUAGUCCACUUGUACUUGUCAUCUCUGCGCUCUUCUGGCGGCACUGAACGCAAGAUUCCCUCGGGCUACGGAUUCGGCAUUGUCACAUGCCCCAACUACAUGUACGAAGUUUUAUCCUGGGCUGGAAUCAUAAUUGCCAGCCGCGACUGGACAGUGGCGCUUUUCAUCGGCAUUGGUGCCGCGCAGAUGUUCACCUGGGCCAAGGGUAAGGAGAGAGCAUACCGCAAGGAGUUUGGUGACAAGUACAAGAAGAAGCGUUUUGUCAUGCUGCCCGGGCUGUUGUAA